UAAAUUUAAUGCAAAUUGUUUUCAAUUCGAUAUUUUUACAUUUCCACUAUUUAGCACAUUGUCUGUAACUUGAUUGUAAAGUAGUUAAAAAUUACUCAUGGUGUUUCCCCUAGCGACAUUGUUCUUUGACUUUUGACUAAGAAAGACUAGUAUUGAGCUCCUUAGAUGCUUUUUACAUAAUUAAUAUACAAGUUUAAUUAGCUAUGUUUUACAUUAAUUUAAUAUUUUACGUGUUAAAUCUAGUGUUAAAUAGUGAAGCAGGCAUUACAUUCAAUGCAAAUUCAGAAAUGUCGGUAGAUAGAGUGAAUGAUCUGACUUGCAGUUCACAAAUUACCAACGUCGCGGGUUGUACGUACUUGCAUCAAUGGAAUCACGUUUAUUCUCAAAACUGGGUAGGAUUCGAUGGCACGAUAACCAACUACACGACUGUAAGAGCUUAUACCAGCAAAUACACUUUGACUCUGGAGAAAUUUGAUAACCUGACAACCAUUUACAGUAACUUCGUUUCUAAUGACGUAAACAAUAAUAAUGUGAUGUCUAUGCAACUACAAUGUGGCGGAAACCCGAACAAAAACGUCAUCAAUUUAGUUGAUAAUGGCUAUUAUCACUACACCGUGGAUUUUAUCGUCACAUAUACUGAUAAACCGUUCAAGUUUAACUGCCAGCAAUAUUCCAGUCUUUCAAAAUAUGUGUACGUGGCCUGGAUUAACUCCGAAGGGAAUAGAGUAAUAGUAUUCAAAAACAGUCCAGUUCAAGCCGACUUUUCGCUAUUAAAAACUCACAAUGGUUCAAUACUAUGUUGUAUUUACUACGUAGAAACAACUACUGAAACUUCAGUGGAUAUAAGACGCUUUGUCAAAAGCAAAACUUUGUUCGUUUAUCAAGAAAACUUAUCAGGGAAUGAUUUUAUAACGAACACAGUUGUAACUUCAACUGAGAAAAACUAUCGCGAGAAUACACCUAACAUAUCAGUGACCGCAGAAACCACAAACAAUGUUUUAAACAAAAGUGUUGAAAUAGAAACAGAAACAAACAAACAAGAAAAUUCAAAUAAAGAAAACAUCGAUGCCUAUUUAAGAAAACUUAAAUUAAACAUACCUGGCGAUAACACAAAAAAAUCAGAAACAGCAGAACCAAAUGAAAAUCCUAAAAGUAAUAAAGAGGAUAUUCUCGAUGUCAGUACUCGGAGAUCUGAAACGGUUAAAAAAACAGAGAACGAAUGUGUUUACGAUGAAACAGAUUCAGUAAAGAAAAUUCCAGAUAACUCUAAACGAAAUCAUAAAAUGAAAAAUAAGUCUAAUGAUAUUAUUGAAAGCAGAAUUGGUUCUCCGAAUGAAAAUCCUCGGGAUGAUAUUAGUCUUCCUAAUGAUCAAAAAGGUGUAUUUGAAAUUACUUCAUCUAAAGCAGAAGGAGAGAUUUCUAAAGUGAUAGAUUUAAGGAAUGAGACUGAAAAUAGUAGCACUGAUAAAGAAGGCGAUCAUAGCAAUCUUAUUAUUAUAAUAAUAUAUAUAUGUGCAACGUUGUUUAUUGUUAUAGUUUUAUUUAUAAUAAUAAAAUGUUGCUGCAAAAAGAAACCUGCAACGCGACCACCGAUGCCAUUACCAAAUAAUGAACGGCCAUUUUAUUUAAACUUAUUGUUCGAGAAAGAAUGUGAACGAGAAAGGCAGGCUAUCGAGCAACCUGUAUAUGAAGAAAUAGACAACUAGCCGUAUACCUGCCUUAGUUCGGAUUACACUUUUAAGUAUAAAUAAAGAAAAAACAGAGUACAGAUUGUAAA